AUGGUUAAAGACAAUGACCAAAGGAUUCAAAAACCAGUUUUUGUAUUGAUCGACACUUUGGUUUGUCUGAAACUGAAUCCAGACGUGAAUGCAUUUCAACGCAAGUUUGUGAACGAAGUCCGGCGUUGCGAUGAAAUGGAGAGAAAACUCAGAUAUCUGGAGAAAGAGAUCAAACGGGACGGCAUUCCUAUGCUCGACAUCGGCGACAAUCCCGAAGCGCCGCAACCGCGAGAGAUGAUUGAUCUGGAAGCCACGUUUGAGAAGUUGGAGAACGAGUUGAAGGAAGUGAACACCAAUGCAGAGGCACUCAAGAAGACAUACUUAGAGUUGUCUGAAUUGAGACACAUUUUGAAGAAGACUCAGCAGUUCUUCGACGAGGUCGAUCACACAAUACAGAUGCAAGACGGAGGUAUGCAAGACGAGAGCAUACAGCUCUUGGGCGAAGAGGGUCUCCGCGCCGGCGGUCAACAGGCCAUGAAAUUAGGCAAACUCGCGUACAAUACCGCGCAGACGUCUCCGUUACAGAAUCUAAGACAGGCUGAGAUCGAGGCGCCUCUGGAGGACCCGCACACCGGCGACAAUGUCUAUAAGUCUGUGUUCAUUAUCUUCUUUCAAGGAGAACAACUCAAAUCUAGGGUUAAGAAGAUAUGCGAAGGCUUUCGGGCCACUCUAUACCCGUGUCCGGAGACCCCAUCGGACAGACGAGAGAUGAUUGGCGGCGUUGUGUCUCGUAUUGAGGACUUGAAUACAGUACUAUCGCAGACAACAGAACACAGACACCGAGUGCUGGUUGCGGCGGCCAAAAACAUUAAGAACUGGUUCGUCAAAGUGCGCAAAAUUAAGGCCGUUUACCACACGUUGAAUAUGUUUAAUCUGGACGUCACGCAAAAGUGUCUGAUCGCCGAGUGCUGGUCAGCGGUGGACGACUUGGAGCGCAUCCAAAUGGCUUUACGUCGCGGCACAGAACGCAGCGGUUCGUCCGUUCCGUCUAUACUGAACCGAAUGGAAACACACGAAGUGCCGCCAACUUAUAACCGCACCACUAAGGUGACCCGUGGCUUUCAGGCAAUAGUGGACGCGUACGGAGUGGCCACCUAUCGGGAAGUGAAUCCGGCGCCGUUCACACUAAUUACGUUCCCGUUUCUGUUUGCGGUGAUGUUUGGCGACGCCGGACACGGAGUGCUAAUGACUUUGUUCGGCCUUUGGAUGGUUCUGAAGGAACGCAAUCUCAUUCAACAGAAGUCGACGAACGAAAUAUGGCUGACAUUCUUCAACGGCCGGUAUAUUAUUCUACUGAUGGGUUCGUUCAGCAUAUAUACGGGUCUCAUGUAUAACGACAUAUUCUCCAAGUCGUUGAACAUAUUUGGCAGUUCCUGGAAAGCCAUCAAACCUUCGGGUAAUCUCUAUAAUCACAGCCAUUAUAUACUCGACCCGCAGACUCAAUACGAUGGCGGCCCCUAUUUCUUCGGCAUUGAUCCGGUAUGGCAGGUGUCGGAGAAUAAGAUCCUAUUCCUCAACUCAUACAAAAUGAAACUGUCGGUCAUUCUAGGCGUCGGCCAAAUGCUAUUCGGCGUUAUAUUGAGUUUCUGGAACCAUAAAUACUUCCAGAACCGGUUGAACAUAAUGUGCGAAUUCAUACCGCAGAUGAUCUUCUUGUUGUCGAUCUUCGGUUACAUGAAUCUAAUGAUUGUCGCGAAAUGGUUUAAAUACGACUCGCGGAACAGCGGCUGCGCGCCGUCCAUACUAAUCAAUUUGAUUAAUAUGUUUCUGUAUAAGUAUGUGGACGACGACGACGACGUGCCGGCCUGUUAUCUGAAGGACUGGUACGCGGGCCAGAAGUUCUUCCAGACGAUACUGCUGUUGGCGGCGUUGGGAUGCAUACCGUGGAUGCUGUUCGUCAAGCCGUACAUUCUCAAGAAGCAGCACGAGCUCCGCGAGCGCUUCCAUCCGGGCAACGAAGUGAUGGUCGACGGCGAACCGGCCGGCGAUACCACUAUCACUAUAGAGCCGGCGGCGCAGAGCGGUGGCGGCGAUCACGGCUCGGGCGUGGCGUUUGACAUGCAGGAGAUAUUCAUACAUCAGGCCAUUCACACGAUUGAGUACUGUUUGGGCUCCAUAUCCCAUACGGCCUCAUACCUGCGUCUAUGGGCGCUGAGUUUAGCGCACGCCCAGCUCUCGGAGGUGUUGUGGUCGAUGGUUAUGCGGAUCGGUCUGAACGGCACCGGCAUCUCCGGCGGUAUUGUUAUGUAUUUGAUAUUUGGCUUUUGGGCCGGACUUACGGUCAGCGUUCUGUUGGUUAUGGAGGGUCUGAGCGCUUUCCUUCACGCUCUGCGUCUCCAUUGGGUCGAGUUUCAGAGCAAGUUCUACUCGGGAACGGGCUAUUCGUUUCAGCCGUUCUCGUUUGAGGUGAUUCUGGAACAGACGGCCCAAGAAUCGGCCGCUGAGACCACAUAAACCGCUUCGGGAUCUGACU